AUGACAUUAUCAGGAGGUUAUGAGGUGCACUGUAAGUACUGUAAAACACACAAGUUUGUUUAUGAUAGUAUCAUGGGGACUUCUAAUGCUAAGAGACAUUAUCUAAAGUGCCCUUCUUAUUUAGAGUGCAUGUCUAAUAAUCCAAAUGGGCUUGCUGGUACUAAUUUUGAUCAAAAAACAUAUCUAAAAUUGUUUUCUCAAUCAAUAUUAUGUCAUGGAUAUCCUUUGUGUAUGGCUGAACAUCCUAGAACUAGAAGAUUGCAUGAUUAUCUGAAUCCAAAGGUCAAAACUGUUUGUAGAAAUACCAUGACUAAGUGUUGCAUGUGUGAGUAUAAUGGUUUAAAGAAACAAUUGUUUGAUACUUUAGGUGCGUCAACUUCUAGAAUAUGUCUCACUUCUGAUAUGUGGAGUGCAACUUUGAUUAGAGAGUGGGGUAUUGAAAAGAAAGUUUUUACAAUUACGGUAGAUAAUGCAACUAAUAUGGAUGUGUUUGCUGCAAGAUUAGAGUGUGAUUUGAAUGCUUGUUCUCCUUUACCUUUGGAUGAGGGUUUGAGAGUUAUAAAUGGUUGUAUUGUGAAGGUUCGUGAGGGUGUUAAGUACAUUACACUUACUGAAGGUCGAAAAAUCAAAUUUAAGCAAUGUGUAGUGGCUACUAAUUCGGAUUUAAAAUUAAAGUUAAAAAAAGAUGUGUCCACUCGGUGGAAUUCUACCUUUUUAAUGCUUGAAAGAGAAUUGUUAGCUAAAGAAGAUAUUGAUAUGUUUGCUAAAAGAGAUAGUAGUUAUGAGUUUUAUCUUUCGUCUCUUGAAUGGCAACAUAUUCAGUCAAUGUCUAACUUUUUUGAGCAUUUUUAUCUUAUCACAAAGCUGUUUUCUGGUUCUGAUUAUCCUACUGCAAACCAUUAUUUUGGUAAUAUUUUGAGUAUUGAAAAGCUAUUACAUGAUGUCCAUGUUGAUGAGGAUCUUAUGAUACAAAUAAUGGCUAGUACGAUGCAAGGUAAGUUUGACAAAUAUUGGAGCAAUUAUUCUGUCAUCUUAUCAUUUGGUGUGAUUUUUGACCCUCAUUACAAGCUUGAUUCUGUGAAAAACUCGUAUUCUAUUUUAUAUGUUGAUGAUGAAGCUUAUAGUAAAGCACAAAUUGUGCUUUCUGAAUUUAUUGAGAUGUACAAUUUUUAUGUGAAAUCUUCAACACCGUGUGCUUCAUCCUCAUCUUCAUUACAAAGCAUAUCAAGAUCUCCUUUGCCUCUUGCCUCUUCUACACCAUUUAAGACCGGUGAUAUUUAUAAGAAUUUUCGUGCAACGGUAGCUCCAAGUAGAGUUGGUGCAUCUGAAGUUGAUGCCUAUUUGAGUGUUCCAUUGAGGAAACAUAUUUCGGGAGAGGAACUUGAUAUCCUUGAUUAUUGGAAAGAGCAAUCUGCCUCUUAUCCGAUUCUUUCUCGAAUGGCAAAAGAUGUACUCGCCAUUCCUAUAUCCUUCGUUGCCUCAGAAUCUUCGUUUAGCAUGGGUGGUCGAAUCUUGACCAAGAUAAGGAGUUGUCUAUCGGAUAAACACCUUGAGGCUUUGGUUACAUCUAAAAAUUGGUUGGAUGGUUAUGACGAAGAAGAGUAUGAAUAUUGUGAACUUGACACCGAGCCUUCCAACCUUGAUAUCUGA